AAGCAGAAGUCUCUCGGAACUAGUGCUACAACACUUUGUUUUCGGGGGAGUAAUGACUCAGUGGGACCAAUUUGCCUGAUACAGGUAGCAAGUUGUUAGAGGCGCUGUCAUUUAGUUUAGGCCAUUUCAAGUUUUCAUUUUUGACGUGACACGAAGCAGUGAUAUCUAAGCGGGUGCUACAACCUGGUGAAAGUACUGUUCUGAAGAGGAGUUCCUCUAGAUCUUGGAGAGAAUGUUACUGUACGCUGCUCUCCGUGCGUGCUGUGCAAAGCACUACAUACACCAAGCAUUUUGUAAUGCCCAGAAAUGUGUUCAAAGCCUGAAUGUCAGAGGACUAGCAACCUCCAGCAGCCAGCUGUUUGUCAGGAGAACCCCUCAGCGCUUCGUCAACCAGACACGAGGAGCUAAAACCCACAAGCAGAAGCAGCAGGAGGAAUGGAAGCAAAAAAACAAGACCAUCUUGACGUAUAUUGCAGCAGCUGGGGUUGGAAUGAUCGGCAUGUCAUAUGCUGCUGUGCCACUCUACAGACUGUACUGCCAGGCAUCUGGACUGGGAGGCACAGCAACAGCAGGACACGAUGCAGAUUUAGUGGAGACAAUGAAGCCGGUUAAGGACCGCAUUAUUAAAGUCACCUUCAAUGCUGACACACACGCCAGCAUCCAGUGGAACUUUCGUCCUCAACAGUCAGAGAUCUAUGUCGUGCCAGGAGAAACUGCACUGGCAUUUUACACAGCACAGAAUCCCACAGACAAACCUGUGAUAGGAAUCUCUACAUACAACGUUGUGCCUUUUGAAGCUGGGCAGUACUUUAACAAGAUUCAGUGCUUCUGCUUUGAAGAACAGCGGUUAAACCCUCAGGAAGAGGUGGACAUGCCUGUUUUCUUUUACAUUGACCCAGAGUUUGAUGAAGAUCCCAGGAUGGCUCGCGUUGACACAAUUACACUCUCGUAUACCUUUUUCGAAGCCAAAGAAGGACAGACGUUACCACUUCCUGGCUACAGUUAAACCAGCAGCACAUGCUGUAUUUGUUGAGAGACUUUACAUUUCUUAUAAACCAUAAAGAGAGUGGUGUUUAUGGAAUGAGGAUUUUCUAAUUUUUAUUUUUCUCAGUAUGUCAUCUGUGUUCAGGCUGGAGCUAAUGCACCAUGACAAUUUUAUGAUGCUCCACUUGAUUUACCAUUGAAUUGCUGUAAUGCAGAUGAUGACUUUACAGUGCAAUAAAUCACCUGAGUGCUGAAGUUCAUGUAAAUUGGAUGACUGAUUUCUGAACACUAGAUGGCGAAACGGUCACAUGUUUCUGUUUUGCCGCCAUUGGCUGAGAAAUUAGUCCAGAGAUCUGUAUGUACUGUAUAAUGUAUAAGAUGUUACAGGCUUAUGUUGGGUUAUAAUGCAAUAUGAUAUGAUGUAUCUGUCGCUUAAGGAUAUGGAGACUGUGAGUUGUAUGAUUUGAAAGAUUAUGCAAGUAUAGACAUUAGAGACAUCCCUUCCUUACAUAACAUCACAUCAGCCAGCCUGGACUGAAACAAACUACAUUGCGCAAUAUAAAACUGUUACAUAAAUAAAUACAUGAGAUGAAGGUGCGAUAACACGCCCAGAUACAGACCUCUGAGCUUAUCAGCUUUUCUAUUUACAAACUGAGCUUAGUAAAUAGGCUAAGCAAAGCGUAGAUGUGACCUAAUUGUUUAAUAAUUGACUGUAAUAUACAAUGACACUAUUUUAUUUUAUUGCUUAUAAGCCAAAUUCCAGUUGGUUGUUUAUUGUUGACAGUAGAGGAGGAAAAUAAUUAAUGUUUCAUAGACUCAACUCAUGAAAACAGGAAUUUGUAACCUCAAGUGCAUCUGGUUUGUUUGUUUUGUUGUUGUUUUUGUUGUUGUUUGACACAAAGACAUAUUCACGCCUCAUAUUUCCAAGACAACUAAGUGUAAAUGUCAAUGAUAGAAUGUUGAUAACAGACAUUUUGAGUGAUAAUUACGUAAUCCAGUGGGAAAGCCAGGUUUACAAGUUUUUGUUUGUUUGUUUGUUUGUUUAAUCAAGGGAAUAAAAUUCAUCUGCAUCCC